CUAUUGUGCAGAUGUCAAUUUUGUCCAGGAUCCCAGGCUUUCAAAGGGGAGAAAACAGCCGACCAAGGUCGCCUGCCUCAGACAGAGAAGAUCAUAAGGGGAGAAAGGCCUAUCUCCAAGGCCAUGCAGGUGGCCGCAUCCUGAAGUUCUUCCACAGCCCCCAUGAAAACAUUGACUUCUCUUCUCUGACCCAGUCUCCGAUUGAGACAGUUCUGCAGAAAUACCUCGGGAAAGGAGAAUACCCGAACUUUCGGUCUGUUGCCAUGUUCGAGAGCAGCUUUUUCCAGGUGACGAAAAGGGGCCGGCAAAUCUUCAUGCACAACCAGUGCAACGAGGCCAUCAUUGGCAUUGCCUCCACCAACAUCAAGCUGCCACUACCCACCCUGAUGUUUAUUGCUCGCCCUGUUAUUGCUGGCCAAGUCUCCUCUGAGGACACAGAGGAACCAAUGCUCACCAGGCUCAUCCCUCUGAGAUAUGUGCGUAUCUCCAUUCACGACCCAGAGAAGCGGAUCAUCAAGAUCAAGCUGAUCAAUGGGCGCACUUAUUACCUUCGGUUUCACGCGACCAACGAGGAAGAGGAGCCCGUCUUUGACCGCUGGCUCUCCCUGGUCUACCUUCUCCAGCACCCGCCCCCUUGCUACCUGAAACCACAACCCAAAUCCUACGCCGUACUGGAGAACCUCAGCAUCCGCGUCUUCCCAAGCGACGAUGAAGCUGAGGUUUGUCCUCUUCCAGAGGAGCCGGAAGAGGAGGAGGUGGAGGAAGAGAAAGAGAAAGACAAAGAGGAGGCAGCGAAAAGCCCUGUUGAGAGCCGCAUCCUCUUUGAGGAAGAGGAGUAUUCCACAGAGGAGAGGGAAGCGAUAGAGGCAGAAGGACGCUUCCACUAUAGCUUAAGGGAUCUGUAUGUGAGGGCAGAGAGCUAUGAGAUCUACGAAAGCGUCCCCACAGUGCCAAAGACAACCAAGUUAUUCAGCUCAGAAAGCUUUUCCCCUGGCAGUUUGUCAAGCAGUUCGUCUGCAAGAGCUACCAAAAAUCCUCGAUCGCCACCGCGAGUUUUCCCAGUUCCGAAAAAAGAAGGAUCCAGCAGUCUUAAUAUUGUCACGCUCUAUUCCAUCGUCUCCAAAACAGCUGAAAGACAGGAAGCUGGGAAGAGAAAAAACUGAGCAGAGAUGGGAAAUGGUCUCAGCCUGAACGUUAUGGAGGAAGCAGAAAGGGAAACCAGGGACUCAGCGCCUUGAGAGUCCUAAGCCAGAAAGGCUGAUUAGAAAUCAUCGUCAUCAGUUUCAUCACCUGUCAAGAGAUAGCAGCUAUUGCAGUACUUCAAAACGCUUCAACCUUGCGGUGUUUGUGCCUCUGAUACACAAGGCGAUGGAUGCCUCUCUGUCUUGCCUAGGUGAUUUCACCCUUCAAAGCCCAAGGCUGGAGUCUGCAGGAGCCUGGAUUCUGUGAGCUCAGAGAGGAGAGGACUUGAAACCUGGAAGCAAAGUUAGAAGAGGAGAAUCUGCAAAUAAGAACUCGGGGAAGAGGGAAGGUGGAGAUAGGUUUAUUUUAUUCUAUUAAAAAGACUGUUUUCACUGCCAUCUUAAGCUCCUUUACUGUUUAAAGGCACGGCAUUCUUGAUUUGUGUUUGUAUGGACCAUGCCCCUUUUGUUUUCUGUUCGGAUUGUUGCAAUGCCUUCACCCAUCUAUGGCCAAAGCAUAAUGAACACAGCUCAGUUUUUA